UUAUCUCUGUUGCUCUUACUAUAUAACACCAUGUCGGUUACGUCUCUGCCUUUGAGUGCAGGUGAGGACACGUUCGAGCUGCACUCGGUGGAACUGGAGCUGGAGGCUGUGGAGAAGCAGAUCCGCGACCUACAGGUGAAGCAGGCCGAGCUGCGGGAGCGGAAAGCAGCGCUGGAAGCCCCCCGGUCUCAGGUAAACUCCCGGCAUUUAAUCACUACUCCUUCCACCUCUACUCCGUGUGUUUCUCUGUCCAGGCCCAACGCACCCAGGAAGUGGCCUGGCCAGGGGCAGUUCACUCCAGCGCCGGGGCACCGCGGAUCCUGGGUGCAGCAGCGGAGGACACGUGCCGGGCCCCGGUCGAGGACCUCUCCCCCUCCACCACCGCCGGUCUUCGAGAUCCCCACCCGGAACCGCUUCGCCCCCCUUCGUGAGACGGACCGCGACACUGUGAUCAUCGGAGACUCCAUCGUCCGCCACGUCCGUGCUACUGUGGCUAAAGGUAAGGCUCGCACUCACUGCUUACCUGGUGCCCGUGUUCUUGAUGUCGCUGCACAGGUACCUAGGGUCGUGAGCAGAAACACCGGAGCUGUGGUUCUUCACGCCGGCUCGAACGACACCAGCCUGAGGCAGUCGGAGAUCCUGAAGAGAGACUUCAAGACCCUGGUGGAGACGGUUCGCAGCACAGCGCCCACGGCGAGGAUCAUCGUGUCCGGACCACUUCCAACGUACCAGCGAGGAAUUGAAAGGCUAUUCCGCGCUGACGGCCUGCACCCCAGCAGAGUUGGAGCGGAGAUCCUCUCGGACCACAUCUCCAGGGCGCUGCACACCUUCUGACUGGUAAGCUACGCCUUAAAUUUAAAUUUCAAUAGCCAUCCUUCACCU